GCAGGGUUUUGGAAGUUUUGCAUAAGGUUCUGAUAAAAAUUUUGAUUGUGGAAAGAGUGCGUUGCACUUGGGGAUUUGAUUUCUGAUUUCUCCCGCAUAAAGUGUGCCCUUCCUUUUUGGCAAGUUUUCUUGAUAUCAUUUCUCGCAUUAAAUACUCAUUUUUCCUGCGGGCCAUUCUAUAGCUGCAAUUUUCAGGUCUACGCAAUCGGAUCUGAGAUGGUCUAGAGCGGAUCGCAGCUGCCAUGAGUUGUUCACAGCGGGUAGCGCUUUCAAAUAUCAUUCGAAAUGGACACCGAUUUGUUCACUUACCACCAUCAGUAGCGGCUCAGCCGACCAGUUCGGAUUCAGACCAUUCUCCACCCGGUCUUGUCCGGUUUUCUGAUGUCGUUCUACCGCUGGUAAACUCGUUCAACACUGGUCCACAUUCCUUGCAAUUUUCACCACUUUUGGGUGGGACUCAUUGGGUUCCUUCCCUUAUACUAUCCGGAGCUGGACCACUUACACCUAUAGUCGCACAAGGUUACGAACAUGCCAUCUCGUGCAAGGUCCCAAAGAAAGUUAACAUUGCCGAAGUUGGAGUACAAACCGAUGAUGCUGUACCUGAUUUGCCAGAGGUGAAAUCUGCAUUAUCGAAGGAAGAGAAAGCAAAAUGGGAGUUAGAAAAUGCUAUAGGAGAGGAUCUGUUUAGACAAGGAGACAAGAAGAAUGCCAUCUUGAGGUUUCAAGCUGCUGCUUCUCACGGAAUUGCUGAUGCUAUGAACAAAUUAGCUGAAUUUCUUUACUCUGGAAAGGAAGUCGUUGCAGAUAAAGCUAAGGCAUUGAAUUUGUGGGAACAAGCAGCAGCUUUGGGACAAGUGGAUGCUAUAUAUUCACUAGCGGUGUAUCAUAUCAGUGCUGCAAAUGAUGGAGACAAGACCGCUGAUAAAUUGAAAGGGCUGCGUUUGAUGCGCAGGGCAGCAGCUGGAGGAAAUCCACACGCAGCGUUUUAUCUGGUUAUCCGCUAUAUUCGUGACUCGGAUAUGGAAUCAGCCAAGAAGAUGAUCUCCACAGCUGCACGUGAUAAGACCUACGCAGCUAAGAUGCGCGCUUGGACUGAAGAAGAAGACUUCCCGUCCAAGUUCUCCGCUCUUAUACUGAAAGAAGUGAGCGCAAGCCAAAAUUUUGAAGUAAAAUUGAAGAGCUGAUAUUGACCAUGACUACGAUAUCAAUUUUUGACUAGGCAUUUGAUUUUUCGUUGCUGUUUACUAUGAUUAUGAUGAAUUGUGAAUUACCUUGGGUUUCAUUUACUAGUUCAGCUAUUUCGUUAUCUUUUGGUAGAAUUCAGUGAUUCUUUUGUGGUAAUAGCUUUAUUAGGUGUAGUGUUUGUUAGAGUGUGUCUAUAUAGUCGCUGUCUGCCUCACAUAUCUUGCUCAUCGAAUAACAAAUCGUGUCUAUUUUGUCGGUGUAUAUUGUGUGUACAUAUCCUUGUGUUUGUUUUCGCCUGUUAGUCGUAGAUAGGUAGACAGCGUAAUUGCUGCAUAAAGUCUUGAGGAUC